UGUGCAUUAAUCAGACUUUACUCUGCUGCGUGUGUGUGUGGGCGAGAGAGAGAGUGAGAGAGAGAGAGGUCUUUCAGAUAGGUCGAUAACUAAGAUCAAUAGAUGGAAAGUGUGGGUGUGAAUCCUCUUGAGCUUAGCCUGAGUCUGAAACCAUCUUACUUCCCCAAAACGAUCACCAACUUGCUGAAAGACCUUAGGAAUAUGAAUAAUGUCUGGGAGAAACUUUCGGUUUUGGCUGAGUCUCUACAGAUGCAUAAGGAAGAGCUGGCGAGGCUUGAGGUCUUUAAGCGUGAACUUCCUCAGAGCGCUCUGCUCCUCAUGGAAUCGAUUGACAUAUUGGAGGAGGAAAUCGAGAAGGUGAAGAAUAAGGAAUCUGAAGCUGAAAGACCUUUGAUGGAGUUUCUUACUUUAAAAAACAGAAGAAUCAACUUUGAUGAUCAGAAAGAACAUGAAAGACAAAUCUUGGGAAGUAAUGGAGUGGGAAAAGCCCAAGCAAGCUCUCCUGCUUUCCUUUCUAAUCGUGACCACUGCCACCUAGAUACCUCGACUCGGCCAUGCAAAUUUAAUAGUGGCAAAGCAAGGGGAAAGGAGGUGAUGAAUGGAUCAGGUAUGUCAUCUGUUCAUCCCAAGGCUAGAGUCCCAAAGCCAUUCAAGCCAAAGCCUAUACGGAAGACCAACAGGAGAACAUGGACAGUGGAGCUGCAUGCAAAGUUCGUGGAGGCUGUAAACUUCCUCGGAGGUCCCGAAGUGGCUACUCCAAAGCAAAUUAGAGAAGUAAUGCAGGUUGAAGGGUUGACCAAUGAUCACGUGAAAAGCCAUCUGCAGAAGUACAGACUGCACAACAAGAUAUUUCGAUCGCAGGACUCUUCAUCAACAAGUUGGUAGUACUGAUGGUAGUGCAGAACGCUUAGCACGCGCAGUCGAAGCCUAUUAUACAUAUAUGGCCUGAUUUGGAACAAUCGCAACACUAGUACUACUCAAUCCAACUCGUUGAAAGGGCAGUGCCGUAGGGGAGAUGACAUAUCCCACAAAUCUGUUAUCGAUUGGUCUGAAAAAGAAAUAAUAAAAUAAUGCAGAAACACCCAAGGCGAUGGACAUCUAAGCGGUAUAUAUAUAACCAUGCAUAGACAGCCAUGAAAAAACUAUGUUUGUGUAUGUGAUGGGAUCUCACAUAUAGCGGCGGUGCUUCGUGUUUUCCUCUUCUUCUAGCCUUUCUAUUUUAAUUUCUUCUCUUUCAAAACUAAUGCCAAUCUCAGUUCGCAAGUAAUGAAAAGUGAAAACAGGACUUUAAGCUCCGAGUCCAAACGUACAAUAAUAUUUUUGCAGUCUCUAGCGCUAUGGUGUUUAUUUCACAGGGCUAUUAUAGGCCCAUGGAUUUUUCUCGUUUAUUCCUUGAGGGGUCGAGAUAGAUAGAAAGAUAGCGGCUGAGCAGAAUAACUGCGG